AUGCCGCCUCGAAGAAGCAUCCGCGACGAGGAUUGGGAACGUCUCAGGCCGAUCAUCCGAAAGCUUUAUCUUGAAGAGGAUCGGAGUCUGAAAGAUGUUCUCCUCAUUCUGGGUACCUUCCACAGCUUUUAUCCAAGCAAAUCACAGUUGGAGUGGAAGUUGAAACAGUGGCAUCUCACCAAGAACAUGGGCGCCAUGGAUUGGAAGUAUGUUGGCAACGAGAUCCAUCGGCGAAAGUGUAGAGGCAAAGAAAGCAAGGUCUACCUCUCAGGUAUACCUUUGCGCAUGAAGGCCAUCGAGAGGGGGGUUUCAAGAUAUUGCUACGAGACUGCCAUGGAGAAGGCUAUGGACUACCAGCCUCUCGCCGAAUUCGAGCCAAACCCAGAAGAAUGCCAAUCUUCUGACGGACUGAGGUCAAACUCGGAAGGACAUGCGUCAAUUUCUGAAGAGGUUUUGCAGGCACUGGCGGAAGAGAGCCUCUCCAGAGACGUGGACACGUCAGAGACCUGGCUAGCAUUGGAUGACACUGGUUGCAGGGUAAAAGAGCUCACUGAGGAGCUCGAUGAACCCUCAGAGACAUUACUGUCGACAUUGGACCCGAUUCCCAAUCUGCCGGAUGCUUAUGAGGCACUUUCGGAAGAGGUUGGUGUGGAAUUCCUCCCCUCAUCCAUGUCGUAUCAGAUCAGAGAGGAACUGGAGGGCGGUGGCUGUCUUGAAGAGUCGGGAGACGACCUCUGGGCCGAGGAGUACAGCAGAUUCAUCACAGAGUUGGUCUAA